CUGCGUGAGAUGUGGAGACCAGUACAAACCACAAAAGAGUGAAGUUAAAAAGAAAAAACCACACCUCUUGCAUUCUAGACCGUCUGAUCUUGAUCAUCCAACGAUGCCGAUCAACCGGAUUGCAGUGGGUACCCGGGAAGAGGCGACCCACCCGGACGCCCUCAAGGCGGCGUUGGCGGAGUUCAUCUCAACCCUAAUCUUCGUCUUCGCCGGAGAAGGCUCCGGCAUGGCCUUCAACAAGCUGACCGGCGACGGCGCCGCCACCCCCUCCGGCGUCAUCUCUGCUGCCAUAGCCCAUGCUUUUGCUCUUUUCGUCGCCGUCUCGAUCGGAGCUAACAUCUCCGGCGGCCACGUCAACCCCGCCGUCACCUUCGGCGCCUUCAUCGGCGGCCACAUCACCCUCCUACGUGGCAUCCUCUACUGGAUUGCCCAGUUGCUUGGUUCCAUCGUGGCUUGUUUAUUACUCAAGUUUUCCACCAAUGGCAUGUCAACAUCGGUGUCUGGAAGGCUUCAAGAACUCUAUCAGCGACCCACAAUCCAAACUCUCCUCAUGGAUCUUCACCAACACCUCGGAAUAAGUUUUAUCUGAACCGACUUCAAACUA